AUGAACUACAGUGUGUGGUAUCUUGGGGCGCGGCAGCGGUCCGCGGCGUGGAUGGAGCGGCGGCUGGUGGAGCGCGGACACGCGCGGGACGUUGCGCAGCGAGCGGUGCGGCGCCUGGAGGAGCUGGACUUGCUCAACGACGAAGCGUACGCCGAGAAUUUCGUGCGAUCCAAGUGGAGACAGUCGCUGUGGGCGCCGCGGCGAAUCGCCGACCGCGCGGUGCGCCAGGAGCUGCUCGCCCGGGCUGUGGUCGACGAGGCGACGGACAAGUACUUCGGCGCCCGUCCCUUCGAGUCGCUGUCGCACCCUGAGUCAUGGCGGGAGGUCUUGCAGGAGGCCCGCGUUCCCGCGUCCGUCGCGCCGCUUGUGCCGCACCACGCGGAGGACGAGCAGGACGUGGGGUUCUCGCGCAGUCGGGAGCUGCUCGAGGGCGCGCAGGCGCGCGCGAGGCUCACGGGGGGCAUGGCGAGAGACACGCGGCGCAGGAGGCUCGCGAGUUGGCUCCAGGCCCGCGGGCACGACUGGGGUGUGGUCAGCGCGGUGAUGCGCGUCCUGGACUUGUGA